UUGCUUUUCACUUCAGUGGUAGUUUCUCUGAGUUUCAUCCCUCGAAUACAGUGUGUUCAUCAUAGCUGGGGUAACGCAUCCUGACGCCCGAGGCGGGCACUGCCAGACACCUGUGUUCAUUACAAUAGUAGUCUACUUACAUCACAGAGAGCAGAGGCUCGAAUUUUAUCCGUUACGAGUUAUUUAUUUAAAACGCUGUGUGGUUUGGUUGUCGCUUCGUCUUUCUUGGUUACCACAACUGAGGCGGUGCUUGGCAUCUGCGUCAGUGAAGAAACCUGCCAUUCUCCUUAAACCCCUGGCUGUUGUCUUCCCCCUGGGGACAUUUUAAACAUCCCAGGAUUAGUUAUUGUGAACCAACAUGGCAAAUACUUUAAGGAGACUGACCAAUACAUCAUCCUUCAGCCUCUUACAGGACAAGCUUGAGAGCUGGCACCAAGACUAUCACGUGAAUUCCUGUGACCAGAAUCUGAAUAGAUGCUGUGAGCUCAUUGAACUCACCUCCAAGAUCCAAGGCCAACUGUUUGUCAUCCUUAACCUCACAGCUGCUGAAGGUGGACACUAUGAUGGAGUGGACACUCUCAAAACACGCCUGCUGCCGUGGCUUGGAACAUGUUUCUCGAUGGCGAGGCCCUCGGUCACUGAUGACACCAGUCUACAGCUCAUCCAGGACUCAGUGGAAAAAGGCAGAAGGAUCAGAGAACUCUCCGCCUACCAUGAAAAUGACAUGCAGAAGAUGGAGACUCAGCUGUGCUCCACUCGCCUGCAGCUAGACUCUGUCAGAGAAGAAUUGGUUGAUGCUCAGAAAGAACUGAAUGAGACAAAGAGCAAAUCAGCAACCACUCUGCUGGCUACUGAAGAUGAAAUACUACAGCUGAAAGCGGAUUUGCGAUCCGCACAUGAGCAGGUGGAGAUUUAUAAGAGGAAGCUGGAUGCUAUUGAUGACUAUGAGCGUCAGAUUCGCUUGUUGAAAGAUGAAGUGUCCUACCUGAGCACAGAGAAGGCCAUGCUGCAGGAGAGGCUGGUGAGAAGUCGUUCUCCGAGCCCCUUGCCCAUUCUCAGCCGUUCUUCCAGCCCCAUGAGGAAUGACUCGCCCACCAGAGCCCAACUUACAAACUCCUCACGCCAAGCACGCCUCAUAUCCCGCUUCAGUGACCUUUAUGCUGUGGAGCGCCUGGAGGCCCAGACAAUGCUUCGGCGUUACAUUACUGAUUUAGAGAUGGUCCAGAAAAUCAUCUUCAUUGCUGUCGUGGAAUCUUUUAAGGCAGCAAAACUGGCCUAUCGUCAGUUCAAACUGCGAGUGAGAAAGACCUUGACCCCGUCCCACUUUGGACCAGAAAGUCUAGAGGAUGCAGCUGUGGACUACAUUGUCAGACAUUUGGACCUCUAUGACGUACAGGCCAGCGUCAAUGAUGUGAUCAGUGCUAUGAACGUGAACCCUCGGAUCUCCUUCCCACCAGAAGUGGACUUUGUCCUCAUCAGCACCUUGAUCAGGGAGACAUGCAGGGUGGCCUUUGCCAUGCAGACUCUGGACCCUCCGCUUGACUUGGCUUUUGCCAGUGAUGGAGAACUUUACAACGACAGCAAGUAUCGUCGGAGCUAUGAUUCCGAGUUCACCGCUCCUCUGGUGAUGUACCAUGUGUGGCCUGCCUUGAUGGAAGGAAAUGCUGUCCUAGUGAAGGGCGAGGCCGUGACUAGAAGAGGCGCUGUGUGGAGUAGAAGCAGGAGCAGGAGCAGGAGUGUCAGCCCUGUGCGCUCUCGCUCUCUCAGCCCAUCGCGCAGUCUUGCAUUUAACAGCAAAAGAAGCCUGUCUCCUGAACGGCUCACAGCAAGCUGCCUGUGACCUCGCUUUCAACAGGACAGCAGACUUCUCCUGUUCCUUUUGUCAGUGAUAUCAAGUCUGAGGGAGCUUCAAGCCUGACUUCCUCUGUUGGGUUACACUUAUGUGUGCCUCCACCAAAUAGCCUAAAUCAAAUAAAUCCUUAUAUACUGUACCAGCCACAGGCUGUUCAGAGUUUACAUUGUCAGAGGGGAGUUUUAUGAGACAGAGGUUAGAACAUUACAGACAGAGCAAAGUAGCCUGGCAGCUGAAUAACUGAACUGCUUAGUGUACUGUAUUUACUCUGAGAUUAAGUUCUUGAAAGAUACUAACAGUAAUUUAGUGAUAAUCAAUAACAUAAAGUAACUCUUUCAAGAGAAAUCUAGACCUAGACAGUAGCACUUUCUUAGUCUGACAACUAGCUCUAGGAAGCAUAUUCAACAUGUAGC